AAGUAAUGGCCGGGGCUAUGACGGGGAGGGUAGCAACAGUUGCCCCGGUGAAGGCAGGCAAAGGCGCCAUAGUCACCGUAGUCCUGGCGACAAGAGCCAAGCAACGGGAGUCAACAACAACAACCUAAAAUCUGAGGAAUAAAUUUGAACAACUUUAAAGGACAAAUCUGGGAUAAAAUAGAAACGAGUGCCUCAAACCCUUAGUUGCUAUGGCAACUUCUGGAUACUCAGAAGACCUUCAGCCUCAGCAGACCAACACAGUAACCAUAGCAACGCCUGCUUCCACCACACCCUCGUCUUCAAAGUCGGCGCACUUCCUGUCAGACAUCCCGCCGACCUCAGGAACCAUCACAUCGGUAAACCAAUCAGCCGCCGCCUCGAAAACAGGACAGGAUGCACUUUGUUCUCAAGCCACACCCACCCAGGCCCAGAGCCAGAAGGCAGCGGUUCUGCCCGCCCCCGCACAACGCUACGUAAGCCCUGAAAUCCAGGCCUCUGCAGUCCAGAAGAGUAACGGUCAGAGCAACUCGCCACAGUUCAUCAUAGUGACUGUGACAGAUGACUCCGUUCACUCCAAUGACAGUCUGUCAGACUCCAGUCCACCUGCCCCAAGUGUUCCUGCUCAGGUGGUCCAACCAGUGCAGACCAACACACAGAGGUCAGUGUUGCAAGCAGCCAAGAGGAUUCAGACGGGUCAUAUCAACAGCUUGCAGCACAUCAACCAAGAGGUGGAGCAUGUGUACACAGGCCAGGUGCAGUAUGUGGACGGAGGAGAACCAGCGUUUACUACAUCCAACAUUCGAUCCAGCAGCUACCCUUUCUCCGACUCGCCCAUCUUCUCCCAGACUCCUCCCGCCUCCUCGUCUGCCUACUACGAGGCCACGCCCAGCUCAGAGUCUGACCUCAGUGGCACUCUGACCUCGCAGUCGGUUUCUGUGACAACAGCGGGAGCCAAUAGCGGAGCAGCUGCAGGUGGAGGAGGCUUUGUCAUUCAGGGAGGUUAUGUGUUAGGUGGAGGAGCAGGAGGAGGAGGAGGAGGAGGACAGAGUUACUCCAGUCCUAACUCUCGUGCUCCGCCUGCUACAGUUCAAUGGUUGUGUGAUAACUACGAGGGAGCUGAGGGGGUGAGUCUUCCCCGCUGCACCCUCUACUACCACUACCUGCUGCACUGCCAGGAGCAGAAACUGGAACCUGUUAAUGCUGCAUCCUUUGGGAAACUCAUCAGGUCUGUGUUCAUGGGGCUACGCACACGGAGAUUAGGAACCAGAGGGAACUCUAAGUACCACUACUACGGUCUGAGGAUCAAGUCAGGCUCCCCUCUUCUCAGACUGAUAGACGAUCAACAGCACAUGGCCAUGAGGCAGCAGCCUUUCUCACAGAAAAACAGGAUAAAGCCGGCUCAGAAGACACAGGGGAUCAGCAAUGGGACACCAGGUGGGAUGGCUCAGCAGCAGGCAGGAGCACUCUGUGACAUUUCAGCCCAGGUUCAACAGUAUCAGCAGUUCCUCGAGGCCUCCAGGGCACUGCCAGACUUUGUGGACAUUGAUCUGCAAGAUCAGACCUUACCUGAUGGGAUUCUUUUGGAACACCUGAAGGCCUUUCAGACGCUCUACAGAGAACACUGUGAGGCCAUAAUGGACGUGAUGGUCAACCUUCAGUUCACUCUUGUGGAGACACUGUGGAAAUCCUUCUGGAGGUUCAGCCAGCUCAACGACGCAGAAUCACUCAACCUGCACAAUGAGUCCGAGAAGCGUUUACCCAAAGCGUGUCUGGUGGUGCUGUGUAAGUUUGAGCCCGUGCUGCAGUGGACAAAAGAGUGCGACAACCUGCUCUACCAGACUCUGGUGGAAAUCCUCAUCUCUGAUGUUCUGAGACCCAUCCCCAGUGCCUUAACUCAGGCCAUCCGAAACUUUGCCAAAAGCCUGGAGAGUUGGUUGUCUGGCGCCAUGAUGAACAUCCCUGAGGAGAUGGUUCGCAUCAAGGUGGUGUGUGUAUGCUCCUUCUCUCAAACCCUGCGCCGCUACACCAGUCUGAACCACCUGGCUCAAGCGGCCCGCGCCGUCCUCCAGAACUCGGCCCAGAUCAACCAGAUGCUUUCAGACCUCAACCGCGUGGAUUUCACUAAUGUACAGGAGCAGGCCUCCUGGGUGUGUCAGUGUGAAGACCAUGUGGUCCAGAGGAUAGAGCAGGACUUUAAAAUGACUCUGCAGCAGCAGAACUCUCUGGAGCAGUGGGCCACCUGGCUGGAUGGGGUGGUCUCUCAGGCCUUAAAGCCAUACGAACACAACGCUGUCGCUCUACCAAAGGCUGCCAAAGUCUUCUUACUUAACUGGUCCUUCUACAGCUCCAUGGUAAUCCGGGACCUGACUCUACGCAGUGCUGCCAGCUUUGGUUCCUUUCACCUGAUCCGCCUGCUCUAUGACGAGUAUAUGUACUACCUGAUAGAACACAGGGUGGCCGAGGCUAAAGGAGUGACACCCAUCGCAGUCAUGGGAGAAUUUGCGAGCACAAUCAAGAGCCGGAUCUCUCCUGACAUGGAGAAAGAUGAGGAAGAGGAUGAUGAUGAAGAGGACAGCGAAGAGGAGACAGGAGAUCUGGUGCUGCAGUCCGGCUCUCUGAGUGUUGUCGGCGAGGAGAAGGAUCCGAUGGAGCCGCCUGCCAAGCAGCCCAGGAAAAGUUUAAAUCUUCUCUCUCUGACGGAGAGCCACGGCACACCUUAAACCCUUUAUAUACGUAUAUCUACGAGCUUACACGCACACUUUGCUUUAAAGUUAACAUCAUGCCAUCCAAUUCAAUCAACCUGUGUAUGCUUCUCAUUUGUCAACAGAUCGUUUGGUGAGUGAGUGAGUGAGUGAAUGAGUGUGUGUGAGUUUGUGUGUGUGUGUGUGUGUGUGUGUGUGUGUGUGUGUGUGUGUGUGUGUGUGUGUGUGUGUGUGUGUGUGUGUGUGUGUUUGGGGUUGUGUUUAGUAGGAGAGCCUCUUUGCCAAUUUUUGUGCUGCCAUUUAGCGUUCACCUGAUCCUUCACAGCCCUUCCUUCCGUGUUCCCUGUGCCUACCUGUCCACCCAGUGUCAGUAGUCGCUCCCGUCCAGCUAAAGCUCUAUAAAAAUAUAUCAUCCUGAAUCCUCCCCUGCCCCGCCUUAACCACUGACCUGAGUGCUGUAAAGAGAUGUCCUUCAUCAUACUCUGUCAUUCACCUUGCCUUUUAAAGCUUUAACUAUGCAGGGGGAGCUGGACUGGAGUGAAAUACACUCUGGGAUGAUCCUGCACCGUGUUGUUGGUAGGUGGAUGUUAAUUUACAGGAAUAUGCCAUACUUUGCUUUUGUACUUGUUUCUCUUCCUCUUGUGUCUGAGCGUUUCACAGAUACCCCGUGCCUUUGAGAGAUUACAAGCCUGAAAAAAAAAUCUGUAUUCUAUCUAUGACGUAUUGGUGGAUGAAUAAAUGAUGCUCCUGUGAAGUACAGUAGUCUUUACGCAUAUUAUUCAAGACCUGAGAUGGUGACAGUCGAGCCGUGUUGUGGAGGAUCUGCUCAGUUUGCUGUUCCUCAGUCAUCCACCCCAUUUUCUAUUCUUUAAGGCAAGGGUUCCCAAAGUGUGGAUCGGGACCCCCUGGGGAGUCACGAUACACAAAUGGGGGGUCGUGAGAUGUCUUCCAGAAUUCUUUUUUUAAAAGUUAUCUAAAUAUAGUACAUUUUACCCAUUAUUUAAAAUAAUAUCGACAAAAAUGAAAGCCUCUGUACAUGGGGCACAUGAUAACCAUUAGGCUUAACUGGCACUCCAUACAAUUUCAACAUGUGUAAGGUUAAACAUCCCUUUGAAAUAUGGCCGACAAAGUCUUAGCCAUUUUGAAACUGAUGAAUCCAGUUCUGAUUUUCUUCCCAGCUGUAUUGAAAGCUUUAACACCUCAAAGAGAAUUAUUUUUUUAAAGUUAUCUAAAUAAAGUACAUUUUACCCAUUAUUUAUUUAUUAAUUAGGUAUGUAAAUUUCAAGUAUUUUCCGUGAUCGAUCUUUGUAAAUGUUAACGAUCAAUUAUUGAUUAAUCAUUUGAAAAAGCGUAAAAGUUUUCCAUGUCAAAAACUAUACCAAAUGCGUUUUUUCCCCUGAAUCACAUUUUCCUUCACAACGCAAUGUAUAUAACUGACAGUAUUGAAUAUCUACGGAUCGUAUUGAGAUGUUCUAAAUGUUAAACACGCUGAAUAUGAACGUGUGGAGCAGGCUCAUAAUCUCAGCGGACAUAAAGUCAUAAAAGUGAAGGCUCAGACUUCAACAAGGGAACUGAACAGAAACAUAUUUCACUUUUCUGUCUACUCGUUCUUGUUGAGAACAAUAAGCAUGUGAACGUGGUCAGGUGUCAGCCGGGAGCACAACCGGGUCAUAAUCAGUCCAGGGGCGUUUAAUCGAUAGUCAAUUAAUUGUUGACUUCCCCAACAAAAAUAGUAGCUAAAUUUGAAAUAAAACCUUCGAAAUAGAAAAUGUAAUGAGCUUUCUGCCUUUCUUUUUCCAGAUGACUCCUUUAGUUUAGUUUAGGAUCAGUGAACAGUUAAUUAUCAAAGCAUCAGUAGCAGCAAGUUAAUACAUAACAGCACAGGAAACACAGACACAUGCUCAUAUAGGUAGGGUCAUUUUCUGCAGACCAGCUAAAUGAAGCCACAUUAAAUCACUUUGAGGGACAGUGGGGGUUGCAAGUUUUUGGCAUCUAUAUUUUUGGGGGUCGCGGGCUGAAAAGUUUGGGAACCCCUGCCUUAAGGCUUCAAUCUCUCUUGUUGAUACAUGUCACCCCUCCAUGCAGCUUCAGAGCUGAACACCCAAAGCUUAUCCCAUCCUAUCAGCUGCACUCAUCAGCUUCCAUGUGUACCAGCCACAGCUCUCUAACUUUUUGUAGUGUUAAAGAUUUUUCUUUCUGGAAAUUGAUGUUGAAUAUUUUGUAGAUCAGCCUAUAUAAUGUACCUUUUGUCAACAGAGUCCAAAGUAUUUGUAUGUUGUUGAACCAUUAUUGCCUUAAGAAACAUGUUAUUGUGUGUGUCCACUGUCCCCACGACUGAGCUUUAUUUUUAUUGUGAUUAUGGACCUGGGAUGAGAAUUCAGAGACUUCAAAAAUGACAUAAGUAGAUAUUGAUUUUAUGGAAUAUGUGACUUUAAAAAUUAGAGAAAAAUUAACAUAUUUCAGUUUUUAGUUGGAUGACCUGCAGGAUAGUCAGACUCCCCAAAGCCCACCAAAGACCCCUCAAUAUAAGAUAAGAGAGUAGAUUUAAAUUUAUGUCAAGGACAGAAAACUGAAUCUGACUUGACAAAUAAAACCAUGUUUUAACCACUGAUUCAUUAUUGUGAAGAAACAUGACUUGGAUCUGUCCUGAGCUUGUGCUGCUGAACCUUUUGUAAUUGAGCUCCUCUUUGUGUGAUAAAGACCUUUGUACUUGUGA